UUUUCUUUUUAAUUUAAGAAAGAAGAAGCCUCGAGUCUUUUAUUCACUAAACAGCGGCCUUUCGUCUGCCAAAUUUCUGAAAAGUGUAUAAGGAUUGAGAGAGCCAUUAUGAAAGGAAGCCCAUCUGUUUCUCUGAACUAUUCUUUGGCUUUUAGCAGGAGAAAGAAGGAAAAGAAGAGAGAGCGUUUUUCUUGUGUGUUGAACAGAUUAGGUGGUGAGGCUGAAAAUACUACACCCAAUUCGUACUCUUAUAGUAGGCAGCUACAUUUGGUGUACAAACUUGAAAGUAAAGCUGUUUAUCACAAAGGAUAACUUCUAGAUUAUAAGACAACGGGAGAGGAACCAGAAAUAGAACUGGCUUUUGGACAAGCAAUUGAAAUAUGGAAACAGGGGCUGUAGAUGGGUCACAUAAUGUAGAGAUUGUUCCAGAUGAACCAUCUCAGAAUUGCAUAGAGUCGGAUAUGCCAGCUGAGCAUGAUGCUGUGCCAAUUUCUGAGCCUGUUGAAGAGGUUGUUAAAGUGGAGACAGUGGAAAAUGGAGCUUCAGACAUGGCUGAUAAAGCCCUUGAUGUUGAAGAGAAUCUUGAUCCUAGUGAACAGUUGACCAUUGACCUAGACGUAGAACUGAUACACACAAAGGAUAAUGAAGAAGAAAGCAUUUUACCCAAUAAAAUGUUGAAUAAGGAUGAACUUAAUGAGCAGGAAAAGCUGAAGGAUUUUGAAUUAGAAACAACAAUGUGGAGAAUGUCUUUCAGUGAAUCUGCAUCUGAUGUCUUUAAAUUUAAGGAUGACACAAGUUUAUCAGAAAAGCUAGAAGAGAUAACGAAAUAUGCUUUGGCACUAAAAGAAAAUGAACUGUUCUUGAAGGAGAUGUUGGCAAAAGCAGAAUUUAAGAUAAAAGGAUUAGAAAAUAAGUUGGAUACACAAUCGAGGCUUUUGGAGCAAGAAAUAAAAAUUGGGGCUCCAGAAGAAGAUGAGUUGGAUAAUGAGAAGGCUAUGUCAACUGGACUAGAAACAGAUUUGAAAUGCCUUAAAGAGAAGGUUUUAGAUUUAGAGGAGCAGUUGAAGUCUUCAAAGGAUGAGAAUGAAGAAUACAAGAAACUUGUAGAACAGAGUGAAGAAGAAUGUAUCAAGUCGUUUGAAAGCGCUUUGGAGUUGGAUAACUUACUUGUAAUAACUGAGUCAGGGACAAAAGAAAUGGAAAAGCUUAUAAUAUUACUCCAGAAAGAGAUUUCAGAGCUUUAUCAAAAUCUUAAGUCUAAUGAGAGCAGACAGGAGCCUUUGAAUAGAACAGAAACAGAACCUCUUAAGGUUGAAGGACAAUCGAUGCAGUCAAUCUAUCUGAGUCCUGAAGAAAAGUCAGAAGAUUAUCUGGUCAUAAUUAAGGAGCUUGAGGCUUUAUUAUUGGCAUCAAGGCAGAAGGAACAAGAAUUGCAGGAAGCCUUAACUGUUGCAGAAGACAGAAUAUCCUUCUGUGAGGAGAUGACAAAGGGUUCUACUUGUAGACUUCCUGAAGACGAGAAUUCAGUGGAGGUUUUGCAAGGUGCUUUAAAGGAUGCACAAGAAAAAAUUAAAACUCUUGAACUAAAUCUGCUCAACCCUUCAGGAAGGGAAAUUAAGCAUCAAAGCAGGCUGAAAGAUUCUGAGCCUGAGGCACAAUUAAUGGUGCAAGAGAACUCCACACAUGCAACAAGUAGAGUUAAGGAACUUGAACAGCUACUUGAGUUGCAAGCAAUUGAUGAAGAAAAUAAGUUGCAAGCAGAAAAAGAGAACGGUGCAUGUGCAGAUACAGAAGUCAAAAAUCUAAAAAAUAAGUUAAAUUUACUUGAAGAUCAUGUGAAAGAAUCCGACGAACAAGCAUCGCAGGCAUAUGUGUCAGAGCUAGCAAAGGAAGUUGAACUGCAAGUGUUGCAUGCUAAGCUGGCUGAGCUGGAUAUUGUUGUACAAAACCUUCAAGCAAGAUUUAUGGUUGCAGAAACAAGGGCCCGUGGGGCUGAAGCUGAGCGGUCAGCUUUAACCUAUACAAAUUCAAAGCUGAGUGAAGAGCUUGCUAAUCUACAGGCUUAUAUGGAUGAAAUACAGACUACAUUACAUCACAUUGACAGUGAGAAAGAGUCAGUUGCUUACCAGCUUAUCUCCACAACCAAAAACAUAAAUGGCUUGACCAAGCAGCUGGCAGAUGAAAGACAACACCUUCAGAAAGAGAUUUUCUCCUUGGUUAGUGUUAAUCUUGAUUUAACAAGGAAGUACGUGAAUGCAAAAGAGGUCUCAGACACUAUUUUAUCUCAUCAUGAAAUUAAUGUAAAGAAAUCAUAUGCAGAGGAGGCAAGUCUUACAGAGAAUUUGAAAGAUAUCAAGGUUGGAUGCAGCAAUAGACCUAGCAUGGAUAUGAAUUUUGCAGAUCUCCAGCAGAAGUUGGAACAGGAUCUUAAAAGAGUAGCUAGAGAUUCUAAGGAUACUCAGAGAGACUGUCAAACUGUUCCUGUUUCUGGCUUUGGGUCCUCUGAACAUGCUGAUUCUGCGAGGAAUUUGAUCCCUGCUAUGAAAACAAUCAUCAAAUCAAUGUCAGCAGUUGUUCUUGUAUUAAUUAUGGGCUUGGUUAUUGGGAAACUUAUUUAGUCUGUGUUGUAAAAAUUGCCCUCUGGAUUUUUAUGCGCAAUUUCUGUAUUAAAAAAAAACCCAUGUCUUUCAUCUCUUUGAGAGAUUGCAUUAAAGGGUCCUUGAAGUCCUGUUUAAAAGGUGUAAGAUAAGUAGAGCAGUUUUGUUAGUAAAUUUA